UCUCUUGAUGACCAUGGGUACAAUGUGUGAGGCCCAUUUCUGGUGUCCCCCGCUGUGAUAUUGCUGGACUAUUGCUAAAAGCGGCUUAAAAUCAUACUCACUCACUCAAUUUUGUUUAUGGAGUUAAUUUUUGUUGUAUUCUGUUAUCAGCAGCAAUGGCCGAGCGUUCGAGAUAAUAUUCCAUGUUGUAUCACAGACAUGUUUGUCACCUGCCGGGUUCCAGGACCAUUCCAACGGCUGACAGCCCACACCAACAAUAGACGACGCCCAGAGAUGAUACGAUUACUUUGCCUUCUUCUCCUUCAAGUGAUUGUCAUUUCAACUGAGCAGCCCGACCAUAAAAGGUUCUGCUAUGUGAGCGGCUGGGCACGUUACCGUCACAACCCUGCGACGUUCAACCCGGAGGACAUCGACCCAGACCUGUGCACCCAUCUUAGCUUCGCCUUUGCUACACUAGACGACAGUGGGACCCAGCUGAGGGGAAGGGACAAGCGGGAUGACCCAGGAAUAUAUCACCGCUUCAAUGCCUUAAAGUCUAAAAAUCCCACCUUGAAGACGCUUCUCUCACUGGGCGGAUAUGGGAUGGGGUCAAAGCUCUUCAGCAUUCUUGUCGCAAACGACAGCAACAUCGAAACUUUCGCCAACAACUCUAUCACGUUCCUGAGGCAGCGUGGUUUUGACGGCCUUGACAUUGACUGGGAGUAUCCAGGCGACAAGGGCAGCCCACCCAGUGACAAGCACAGGUUCACGAAGCUAGUGCAGGUUGUGUAUUCGGCUUUUCACCAUGAGGCCAGCCAGACAGGCAACCCUCGACUUCUUUUGACUGCGGCCCUGGCACCGUCGCCUCACAGAGUUGGGAAGUCCUACGAAGCCCUUGAGCUGGCCAGUUCCCUGGACCUCAUCAACCUGAUGACCUAUGCCCUACAUGGACUGUGGAACAAGCCGUUAGUAACCGGUCACCACGCAGCCCUGUACGGCACCACGACUGACCCAAGCUUAAACAUUGACGCUUUGGUGAAUUACUGGGCCAAUAUGGGAAUACCAAAACACAAGAUUCUUAUCGGCGUGCCAUUCUAUGGAAGAACCUUCUCUCUGAAUGAUACCACUGUGCAUGGAGUAGGGGCACCUGCAUAUGGCUCGGGGACUGCUGGGAAUCUAACACACAGUCAAGGAACCCUGGCCUACUACGAGAUAUGCCAGCUUUUGAAUACUGGCGCCACCAGCUACAUCAGCAGCAACCAGUCCGUGCCCUACAUGGUACACGGGGAGACAUGGGUCGGAUACGAUGACGAGAAGAGUCUUCAGAAGAAGGUUAAGUACGUAAUAAACAAUGGUUAUGGUGGCAUCAUGGUCUGGGCCCUGGAUCUGGACGACUUCGGAGGUAUCUGUGGCAAGACCUACCCGCUCAUUCAUGCCAUCAAAGAUGCAUUCAGCAUCAUUGUGGGCAAAAGACAACUGACAGACUACAACACAGUGAUUCCCCAGGGUAAUGCUGUAUCUCCCACUCAGAACUUCAAUGAAGGCUCUUCUGGAAACUUUGUGUCCAACUUCUGUGCUGACAAGACAGAUGGACUUUACCCCGACGCCUCCUCCUGUCAAUACUAUUACACCUGUACAUUCGGCCAGACCAUCAGAGAGCCGUGUCCCUAUGGUACCGUGUUCCACAGUGCCAUACAUGUCUGUGACUUCCCACACCCUGAUGGCGGAUGCAACUAGUCAGUGUCAGUGUCAGAGCUAUGGCAGUGUCACACCUGUCUUCAGAAAUAUAUUUUCCUUCUGCUGGGGUUGAUCCUUGAUUUUAAGUUUUAAGGUGAAUAAUGUUUUUGGCUGUAAAUUAAAAUCAAAGUCCUACACUUGGAUAGUCAUACAUGUCUGUGACUGCCCACGGAGCGAUAGCUGAUGUAGCUAGAGACCUGUGAAGAUCCGGGAUAGAAUAUGUCUUCAGCAACCCAUGCUUGCAGUAAAAAGCUACUCAAUUGUUGCAAGAGGUAACUAACAGGAUCGAAUGGUAGGGCUUGCUGACUUGGUUGGUGUAUGUCAUCGUAUCCCAAUUGCAUAGAUUGAUGCUCAUGAUGUCAAUCACUGGACUGUCUGGGCCAGACUCGAUUAUUUACAGACUGCCGUCAAAUAGCUGGAAUAUUGCAGAGUGUGACGUUAAACAACAAGAACAACAACAAAAUGCAGCCAGAUGCAGUGAGGGGCAAAUAAAGACUGUCACAGAGUUCUUACACAUCAUUUUGAAACCAGGCAGGGUGACAUCAUAAU